AUGCGUGCUCCAUCUUUGCUUGCACAGUGUCUACCUGGUUUGGUACCUCAAGAUAAAGGCAGUCAUAGUAUGUCAACUGUUUCAGAGAGAGAUGCGAAUCUUCCUACACCAGCUGUGGAGAUUCUCCCUUCAAAGAGUGUCCAUCCUUACAAGUAUGCUGGGGAGAACGUAGAAUUCCAAGGCCUUAACGUUUUCAAGGGUAGAAUUAGUGUUGCUGAUAUUAUUGGGUUCACCGGUUCUGAGAUGAUAUCCUCAAAAACUGAUGGGUAUCUAAAAUCUUGGGAUAGCGCUAUUGAUCUUGUUAAUGUUCUCAAGCAUGAGAUUCGUGAUGGACAACUGAGCUUCAGAGGCAAGAGGGUGCUUGAGCUGGGUUGUAGCUAUGGUCUUCCAGGGAUUUUCGCUUGCCUGAAGGGUGCUUCUACAGUGCACUUCCAAGAUCUGAAUGCGGAAACAAUAAGGUGCACAACCAUACCAAAUGUCCUUGCUAACCUCGAGCAAGCUCGUGACAGGCAGAGCAGACAGACAGAGAGCCCCCUGACUCCAUCAAGACAAAUAUUGGCACCAUCAGUGCACUUCUAUGCUGGGGAAUGGGAGGAACUCCCCACAGUUUUAUCUACUGUGAGGAACGAUACAUUUGAAGUGACAACAGGGAUGAGCCUUAGCUUCUCUGAGGAGGAUUUCAUGGAUGGAUGUAGUAGCCAAGAUGGUAGCAUCAUAGAUAUCCCAUACUCUGCGUCUUCUUUGAAGAGACUGUAUGCUCUCAUUAAAAAGUGUUUGAGGCCACCAUAUGGAGUAUUAUACUUGGCAACAAAGAGAAAUUAUGUUGGCUUCAACAACGGAGCACGACAGCUGAGAAGUCUGGUAGAUGAGGAAGGCAUUUUUGGAGCCCAUUUAGUUAAGGAGAUGACUGAUAGAGAUGUUUGGAAGUUCUUUCUCAAGUGA